AUGCCUCUUACACCUCCUGCUGAGCCGGACCCGGAACCAAAGAUGAACUGGGCAUCAUUUUAUGCUGUCAUCAGCGGUGUGAACAGACACUCCACAGGCAUCGGUCGCAUCUGGCUCUCUGUCCUGUUCAUUUUCCGCAUCCUGGUCCUGGUGGUCGCAGCCGAGAGUGUGUGGGGCGACGAGAAGUCCGGCUUCACCUGCAACACCCAGCAGCCGGGCUGCAACAGCGUCUGCUAUGACCACUUCUUCCCCAUCUCUCACAUCCGCCUGUGGGCACUGCAGCUCAUCCUGGUCUCCACUCCUGCCCUGCUGGUAGCCAUGCAUGUGGCCCACCGCCGCCACGUUGACAAGAGGCUCUACAGACUGUCAGGGCGGACCAACCCCAAAGACCUGGAGCAGAUAAAGACCCAGAAGAUGAAAAUCACAGGUGCUCUCUGGUGGACGUACGUCAUUAGCCUGUUGUUCCGCAUUGUCUUUGAGGUCACCUUUAUGUACGUGUUUUACAUGAUCUACCCCGGUUACAAGAUGAUCCGGCUGGUGAAGUGUGACUCGUACCCCUGUCCCAACACAGUGGACUGCUUUGUGUCGAGGCCCACAGAGAAGACUGUCUUCACCGUGUUCAUGCUGGCCGUGUCAGGGGUUUGUAUUCUGCUCAACAUUGCAGAGGUGGUCUUCUUGGUUGGGAAGGCCUGCAGUAAGCAUUUGCACAAUGCUGGAGACUCGACUAUGGGUGCUUGGAUCCAACAAAAACUCUGCUCAUUAUAA